GGGGCUGCAAGGCCCAGCAAUCUGGACACAGGCCAAGAAGUCAAGAAAUGUUGAAGCUGCAGUCCCCACUCUCCUACUGAAACCAGUGACCACCCAGCCCAGCCAAACCAAACCAUAUGGCCCCUUGGUUUCUUGAUAUAUGAGGACUCCUGCCGGCGCCUGAGCAAGAGCAGCCCCGGCGUCCUGGGGACCGUCCCGCAGGGACCAUGGCCAGCACGGCCGUCCAGCUCCUGGGCUUCCUGCUCAGCUUCCUGGGCCUGGUGGGCACUCUGAUCACCACCAUUCUGCCGCACUGGCGCAGGACGGCGCACGUGGGCACCAACAUCCUGACCGCCGUGUCCUACCUGAAGGGACUGUGGAUGGAGUGUGUGUGGCACAGCACGGGCAUCUACCAGUGCCAGGUCUACCGGUCCCUGCUGGCGCUGCCCCGAGACCUGCAGGCUGCCCGGGCGCUCAUGGUCAUCUCCUGCCUGCUCUCGGGCAUGGCCUGCGCCUGCGCCGUCAUCGGGAUGAAGUGCACCCGGUGUGCUAAGGGCACGCCUGCCAAGACCACCUUCGCCAUCCUUGGGGGCACCCUCUUCAUCCUGGCUGGCCUCCUGUGCAUGGUGGCCGUCUCUUGGACCACCAACGACGUGGUGGAAAACUUCUACAACCCGCUGCUGCCCAGCAGCAUGAAGUUCGAGAUCGGGCAGGCCCUGUACCUCGGCUUCAUCUCCUCCUCCCUCUCCAUCAUCGGCGGCACGCUGCUCUGUCUGUCCUGCCAGGACGAGGCGCCCUACAGGCCCUACCAGGCACAGCCCAGGGCCGCCACGGCCACCGCGCCAGCAUACCGGCCACCGGCCGCCUACAAGGACAACCGGGCCCCCUCGGUGACCUCCGCGUCGCACAGCGGCUACCGGCUGAACGACUAUGUGUGAGUCCCCA